GUCGCUGCAGGACAAUGUGGCUUCUUCCUGUUGUCCUCCUUCUCCUUCAGAUGGUUCAGACAGUCAUACCAAAUGCAUGCAAGGUCAACAAUGGGAACUGUGAGCAAUUCUGCAAAAUUGAAGACGAAGGAGUCGUAUGUUCCUGUGCUGCUGGCUAUGCCCUGGUCAAUGACAACAAAACCUGCGUUCCUAUAGUCAAGUUCCCCUGUGGUAAGCUUCAGAGAAAUCAUGAAGUUGGACAGGAGAAAGUGACAGGAACUACAGCAAGUCCAGAGGCUAAUCCUGAAACUGAGGAAACCGCCAAGGCCCCGAGCGGCCAUCCGGAGGUCACCGGGGAGGCUGGCGGUUUACCCAGAGUGACCCCGUGGCAGGCUGUUCUACUAACAGAUGAGUACGAUGAAUGGUUUUGUGGGGGGACAAUUUUGAAUGAGUAUUUUAUACUUUCUGGAGCUCAUUGCAUUAAACAGUUCGAAGGGUUAUGGGUUCUUGUUGGGAUGGUGGACAAAGAAAAGGAAGAGCCAAGUAGAGCAAUGCACAAAGUGGAAAAAAUAAUUGUACAUCCUGAAUUUGUAAAGGAAACUUUUGAUAACGACAUAGCCCUUCUCAAAUUAGAGGAACCUAUCACAUUUUCUGAGGAUGUUGUCCCAGCAUGCCUUCCAGAAGAAGACUUUGCCAUCGACAUUCUGAUGAAACAGACAUUUGGAAUUGUCAGUGGCUUUGGGAACACAUUGGAACGUACACGGCCUGUCAAAAGAAUGAAAGUGCUUCAAAUCCCUUAUGUGGACAGGGACACUUGCAAGCUCGCCCUUCAUAGUCCAGUCACAGAAAACAUGUUCUGUGCUGGUUAUGAUAAAGAUGGAAAAGAUGUCUGCCAGGGAGAUGGAGGAGGUCCCCAUGUAACCCAAUACAGUGGCACUUAUUUUGUUACUGGUAUCAUCAGCUGGGGAGAAGGAUGUGGAAGGCAAGGGAAAUACGGAGUAUACACCAACUUGUCAAAGUUCCUGCCCUGGGUAAGAGGUGUUUUAACAGGAGACUCUUAACAGUUUGACAUUUAAUCAAUCUAACUAUCUUAGCCAUCAGAUCUGAUCCCUAAGUAAUAUUUUGUUCUUUUUAAUAUUCUUGCUAAAAUUCUGAUAGUUUGUGCUUCCCUUAAGAGAUACUAUCUAUUCCUUCAUGAGCUAAUGCCCAGUUUUUGGAAGGUGUGCUUGGACGUCCAACAGAGUUUGCUGGUUUUGGAUGAUAAUGAAAUUUCUUCAAAUGGUUUAGGAACUCCUUCUGCUCUUGCUGUGAUAACUUAAAUUUGUCUAUUGGAGGCUUUGUCUGUGCUGAUAAGCCCCCUCCAAUUGCAAUGAAAGUUGGAACUAACUCAACAUUUCUGUGACAGUACAUGCUUUAUAGAAAAAAACUAGACUAGGAUAGUAUCAAAGCAAGACAGUAUCAGAGUAGGACAGCAUUUUAAAAGCCUGUGGAAAAGCUACCUAAUAUUCUAGAUUUAUAUGCGUGUACACAGGAAAAGCUAGAAAAUGAAAAAAAAAAAAAAAACAUGUAUUCACACAAGUCUAUAUAACUGGGCACAUCACUGAAUCAUAUGAGUUGUUAGAUGAAGCUCAUUGAAUUGGAAAGUCUUGCUGGUGUUUUGACAUUUUCCUGCUUUGGU